UCGGGGCCAAUGACCGGCCAGAGCGCCAUGGCGACGGAGGCGGUGGCGCUGCCGUAAAGCGAAAGCCGAGGGGCGUCGUGCGGAGCCGGUUUGACCCAGGUGCCGGGGACAGGUGUCAUUGGAGUUGGGGACGCGGAGCGAGUGGGGUAGUCGCCGCGCUCCCUGCCUCCUUCCCCGCCCGGUGCCCGAUACCCCCUGCCGCCAUGGCGGGGGUGCUGGCCCGCAAGGCCGCGGACUAUGUGCGCAGCAAGGACUUCAGGGACUAUCUGAUGAGUACGCACUUUUGGGGACCGGUCGCCAACUGGGGACUCCCUAUUGCUGCUAUUAAUGACAUGAAGAAAUCUCCAGAGAUCAUUAGUGGCCGAAUGACAUUUGCACUGUGUUGUUACUCUUUGACUUUUAUGAGAUUUGCCUACAAGGUACAGCCAAGAAACUGGCUUCUGUUUGCAUGUCACUUCACUAAUGAAAUCGCACAGCUAAUCCAAGGAGGACGACUGAUGAAAUUCAAAAUGGAAAAGAAGAACUAAAUAUCUUUAUCUUGGAAAAACAGGGAAUGUGCUCCUCAUCGUGAAUUACAACAAAGGAAAAACUCUACAGCUGCUGUGAUGCAGACUUUUGCAUUUUCUUCUCCAUCAUAAAAAUUAUCAUGAAUACAAAAUCUUGCCAACAUAAAACACAUCAUCCUUCCACUAAAUUUUGUGGACUGCCUUUUUUGUAAAGUACUCUUCCGAAUGUAAACAAUUACAUCUAACUCUUUGCUGCCUUACAAGUAUUGACUUUUCUAUUAAUGAAAUUAUUUUCCAAAUCAUGUGUUCAAUAAUUUUUUUUAAAAGAUGAGAACUUUUGUUUUUAUUUAACCAGCUACAUAACUGAAUGGCACAGGAUCAUUUCAUGCAUCUCAAGCCUGCUAAAUCAGUAUGAACGUAGAGGUCAGUAAGACACAAUUGUGGGUGGUGUAAUUAUUCUGCAUAUUUAAACAUUUUAGAAACCAUUUAACAUAGUACUUGGGGAGCAUCCAUUCCUGACUGUUUCAUCAUUAAAAUUUUUAUCAGACUUCAGCAAUGUCUUGCUGAUCUAAAAAUAUGUAUUUGCAGACUUGCCAGUUCCAAGUUGCCAGGUCACUCACUGCAUGUCUGUUUUCAGUAAAGUGAUGAAUGGAUUUUUACCUGAAAGAGUAGGUUACUUAUUUGUUUACAUAAUUCCUGCUCCCUAGUCACCUUGAGAGAAGCAAGAAUUUCUUGUAAACCAAAGGAGGGUAACAGUGGUUACAAACAUGCGUAUUUAAGAAGCUUGACAUGUUGUGGAUUUUUAUAUUUUGUUAAACAUAUUUGUUUUGUGCACUUGGACCUCUGAAGGUUGCUCCAGUCCUUAUGCAGGCAAAAAAACCUUCCCUUUACUUCAGUGGGAGCCUUGUCAGGGUAAGAUCUGAAGGAUAAAACUCCAUUGUCUGGUUGCCUCCACAUUGUGGCAGUCAAGUUUUUUUUUUUUUUUUCUACUUGCUUGAAAGUGGCAUCAACAACUGCAAAUAAUGCAUACAACAUAAAGAAUGUAUGCGACAGACAUAGUUUUAUCAGUGAAAUAACUUUUGGACAGUAAAAUGUGUGUUCCAACCUAAGUAUGUACCAUCAAAAAGUUUUAAUCAAAAUAAUGGCAAUAAAUAAUUUCGAUAAAACUCUGCAAGUAGUCUCUCUUCACAAUAAAAUUGAAUAUUCUUCUUAUACUCCAGUAUCAGAUCUUAAAGGAAGUCUCCUACAUAUGGGAAGUCUGAUGAUAUAGGGGCCAUUUUCUGUUGCAAUGAGCUGAAGUUAAAAUUAAACAAACUGGUGUACAAAAAUACUGUUACUGUU